GGCGGGAAGCUAGCGGUGUCUGAGGAGGGGGACUCCCAUCUCCACUUAAGUGUUUCGGCCUUCAGCCUGGCUGAUAAUCUGUAGUCUUGGGUUGACUAAGGAUAUCAAAUGGCCAACUUCUCAUUCAGGAUCAAAACCAUUUUUAUUGCCAUGCUGGCACUUUAUCUUUCUUGUGAUACUGUAUCAUCUUUCACAUCUAGUUUUUUGGCAGAGCCAGACUGUAACAAAUACUCAGAGUCACUGCGUGUCUGUAGGAGGAUGUAUGUUCCAAUCUGUGCAUCCAAUGAUUUCACUUAUGGUAAUGUCUGUGCAUUUUGCAAAGCAAUAAGUCUUGCUUGGCUAAAACCACUAGAACAAUGUUUUAUAGAAGUGAUCCAAGAACGGACAUUUUUGUCUUAUUCCUAG